GAAGGACAAGAUGAUUAUGAAGAUCAGACGUAGGGACACAUGCCACUCAUUAAAAAUAUGACCUUCACGUGAUUUCUUUUCUUUACUUCUAUCUCUGUUCUUUCAUUUACCUCAUCUUUUUUCCCUUCAUACUUAUUGUACUCAUAAUUGUUUUCACCAUUUUAUCUUCGGAAAAAUUUUAAAAAAAUUCUGUAUGGGCUACAGAGGAAGUUCGUGUCUAUCCUUCCAAAUAGUGCAGUGAUUGUUCAAUCAUAAUAUAGGAAAGAUCCCAUGGGUGGGAAACUUGGAAUAAGAACCUAAAAAGUUGGGGGGGGAUAUAAAGAGGUAGGAGGAAGAUGAUGAUGGAAUGAAAUGCAGCAACGUGUGAUAUGUAAAGGUGAAAUGAAAGCAAGGUUGGGAGUAAUUUGAGGCUACUGACUCUCCUGUGAACCCUCAGACUCCAUACGACCAAAUCCCUUUGUCUCUCUUUUCUCUCCUUUCCAACUUUAAAAAUUUAAUGGAAAGUUGUGAUAUAAUCACAGGGUUCGCCCUCUGUUUCUUAUCAUUUUGGGUAAGCUGUAAAUCUGUAUCGUCCACUCACACUGUCUUAACUUAUCUAUUGUUCUUACUCUUUUAAUAGCCUCUAGCUUUAUCCUUUCAUCUAUAUGCCUCAUUCCCUCCUCGUACCUUCCCUUCCCUUUCUCUUUCCAUUGUUGAUAGAAUGUGAAAGAAAGAAGCUCCCUUGCUAACAUGCUCUUCUUCUAGCCCACGCAGGGGAAUCCUGGUUCAGAACCCUUUUCAGGAAUUUGUAAUUUGUAAAGAUCAAAAGUUGAAAAAAAAUGGCGAAGGAGUAUAGUGGCUCACCGAAGCAUCACCAUAUCGAGUCGAGAAGGAAGCGGUUGACAUGGAUUCUCGGCGUCAGUGGGCUAUGCAUUUUAUCAUACAUCUUUGGGGCAUGGCAGAACACCACGACACCGAUCAACCAAUCCGAAGCAUAUUCCAAAGUCGGUUGCACGGAUCAAACAUUCCCGUCAUCCCAAUCCUCUUCAUCAACAAAUACGCUCGAUUUCGAGAGCCACCAUAGCGUCGAAAUCAACAAUUCCAUUGAAGCGGUCACCAAGAAGAUCUCCCCCUGCGAUAUGAAGUUCAGCGAAUACACUCCCUGUCAAGAUCCGACUAGGGCCAGGAAAUUCGAUCGGAGAAUGUUGAAAUACAGAGAGCGUCAUUGUCCUCCCAAGGAAGAAUUGCUCCUCUGUAUGAUUCCGGCGCCGCCGAAGUACAAGACGCCGUUCAAAUGGCCGCAGAGCCGCGAUUAUGCUUGGUACGAUAACAUUCCUCACAGAGAACUUAGCAUCGAGAAGGCGGUGCAGAAUUGGAUUCAGGUUGAAGGCGAUCGUUUCCGAUUUCCCGGCGGUGGCACGAUGUUCCCCCGCGGUGCCAAUGCUUAUAUAGACGACAUUAACGAACUUAUUCCUCUUACUACAGGGAAGAUUCGAACCGCCAUUGAUACGGGUUGUGGCGUAGCAAGUUGGGGCGCUUUUUUGCUGAAGAGGGACAUCUUGACCAUGUCCUUUGCCCCAAGGGAUACUCAUGAAGCUCAAGUUCAGUUCGCUCUAGAGCGUGGCGUUCCGGCCAUGAUCGGUGUCUUGGCCUCUCAACGACUCCCUUACCCCGCCCGAGCCUUCGACAUGGCUCAUUGCUCUCGUUGUCUCAUCCCGUGGGCCGAUAAUGAUGGGUUGUACUUAAUUGAGCUGGAUCGAGUUUUGAGGCCGGGCGGGUAUUGGAUUCUCUCGGGCCCUCCGAUUCGUUGGAAGAAGUAUUGGAGAGGUUGGGCAAGAACACAAGAGGAUUUGAAACAAGAGCAAGACUCAAUUGAAGAAGUAGCCAGGAGGCUAUGCUGGAAGAAAGUGGUUGAGAAGAAUGAUCUUGCAAUAUGGCAAAAGCCCCUCAACCACAUCCAAUGCAUCAAGAACAAGAAAGUCUACAAAACACCCCACAUUUGCAAGUCAGACGAUCCCGAUUCGGCCUGGUACCGAAACUUGGAGACCUGCAUAACUCCAUUACCAGAGGUAAGUGGCGACAACGAAGUUGCCGGUGGUGCGGUGGAGAAUUGGCCAAACCGCGCAUUCGCCGUACCACCUCGAAUAAGUAGAGGAACAAUACCAAACGUGAACAAGGAAAAAUUCGAAGAGGAUAACAAACUAUGGAACGAGAGGAUUACAUAUUACGGAAAGAUGAUCCCGUUAGAGCAUGGACGAUACCGAAACAUAAUGGACAUGAAUGCAAAUCUCGGGGGAUUUGCAGCGGGUUUGUUGAAGUUUCCGGUGUGGGUUAUGAACGUCGUGCCAGCCAAUUCAGACCGUGACAGUUUGGGAGUAAUAUACGAACGCGGCCUAAUCGGAACGUACCAUGAUUGGUGCGAGGCCUUCUCGACGUACCCGAGAACGUACGAUCUAAUCCAUGCCGAUGGCAUAUUCAGCAUAUAUCAAGAUAGGUGUGAUAUAACUUACAUUUUACUGGAGAUGGAUAGGAUAUUGAGGCCUGAAGGGACAGUAAUUUUUAGGGACACAGUGGAAGUGUUGGUGAAAGUUCAAGCCAUUUCAGAUGGGAUGAAGUGGAAGAGCCAAAUUAUGGACCAUGAAACAGGACCAUUCAAUCCUGAGAAGAUUCUUGUCGCAGUAAAAUCUUAUUGGACUGGUGAAACCACCCGACAAUAAGAGAAACAAGCAUAGUAAAUUUUAAAUUACUGAAGCNUUUUUUUUUUUUUUUUUUUUUUUUUUUUUUUUUUUUUUUUUUUUUAACUCCACAUUUUUACCACUUAGGUGUGUACUUUGCCCUUCCUCUUUGUUUCAAACAUUUAUAUCAUUUGGGACACUAUUGUUCCAAUCAUAGAUAA